GCAACGCAGUAAAAAAAAGAAAGAAAUUGCGCUGACGUCCAUGCUGUCGGGGAGUAUUAUGGUCUGUCGGGAAUUCAGAGUGGCUGGGACUGGAGGAAGAAAAAAAAAAGAUCUGCUCUGCUAACGUUAGCGUUCACCAAGCUAACGGUAGGUAGCACCGCAGUAAACAUGGAGCUGUCUGCCGUUGGAGAGAGGGUGUUCGCCGCCGAGUCGAUCAUCAAACGGCGGAUAAGAAAGGGUCGGAUUGAAUACCUUGUGAAAUGGAAGGGCUGGUCUCCCAAAUACAGCACUUGGGAACCAGAAGAGAAUAUUUUGGACUCGCGCCUGUUCGCGGCUUUUGAGCAGAGGGAGCGCGAAAGGGAGCUGUACGGGCCCAAAAAGAGGGGACCAAAACCAAAGACGUUUCUGCUCAAGGCUCAGGCUAAAGUUACGGCCAAAUCCUACGAGUUCAGAGGCGACUUGGUCCGAGGGAUGCACAUCACCUACCCGACCCCAGAGCCGGUGGUGACCCCCAGGGCCAGGGAGGGUCUGAGAGCCGUUGUUCCAAACAUCUUUCCGCCCAGCACUGUCAACCGCGGUGAAAGCGUCAGAGUCCGUCCCCCAGAACUGAGCGCCCGUGAGUACCAGCAGCCUUCCCUUCAGCAAAGCGGUCCAGGCGGGCUCAUUCAUUUACCCAAAAAAAGAGGCCCGAAGCCUAAGCCCCGCUUCAAGGACAGCAGCUGCAGCCCUGCAGUCUUUGAAAGCCACAAAAGGAGAGCGGAGGAGCAGGUGAGCUACAGCCCUCACAAACUGGCUAAGCUCCAGGAGGGUGAGGAGAUGAGGCGGAUCAAAGUGGCCCACAGACAUGCGGAGCUCCACGAUCAUAAACACCGCCAUCAUCACCGUCGCCACCAUCACCACCACCACCACCGCCAUCAUCACCAUACACACAACCGGGGAAUCACCGGUGCAAGCUCCUACAAGCUGUACUCGGACCACAUCCAGCAUCCACACAGAACAGACAUGGACACACACAGGACUAAGAACAGCCCCACCUACGUGGCGCCGGUACACUUCAAGCACAGCACCAAUCUGAGCCCGAGCCCGAGCGCCCCCGCUGAGCUUCCACCUGUGGAAAAGCCUUACUUCCUGGACCGGCCGUCCCCGACCAGGCUUGACGUCGACUUGGAUGAAGUGACGUGGAGGCCCUCCGUCGGCAACGUGGAGAAGGUCUUGGUCACGGACGUGACCACCAACUUCCUGACCGUCACCAUCAAGGAGAGCAGCACUUCUCAAGGCUUCUUCAAGGACAAAAGAUGAUCGCUCGACUAGUUUCCCCCUCGCCACGCUUUGCUUUCUCUGACUGGCAUCAGUAUAAUUUUGGAGCUUCCAGGACAUAAGUUUGAUUAACAGGCAAAGCAGGUUCAGUAUUUUGUAAAUGAAAGCAAAUUACGUAACGUGUAUAAUAAGGUUGAACAUGUUCUGUUAUUAUGUAUUGACCAAAUCAAAUUAGGUCCACUUCACAUUUUGCAUUGGUUGAAACAUGAACAUGUUUCCUCAGUCGGACGUUUUGUGCAGAGCUUGUGAAUUUGACUUUGAAAUGAUAACUAACGAAUGUAUUUUUUUGUUAACUCUCUUUCAGUGUGAGAUGAUGCUUAGAUAAUAAAUUCAAUCCAUUGAUUAAGUAUUUCUCUCAAAUUUGAACUCGAUUAGACUGAAAAAAAACUGUUCAAAUCAAUGGGGUCGAUAUUUAAUAAUGUCCUAAAAGCACUUUGAAAUCAAAAGUAUUAAAAAUAAUCUAUUUGUGUAGCAUUCAAAGACUGACUGACUGUAUAAUCUCUAACAUUUGUAAUUAUAUUUACAAAAAAGUGCUCAAUUUGACACAGAUAAGCUGAGGUGUGUGUAUAACAACAUUUUUCCAUUAACUUGGUAUAUUUUACAUUUUCAUAGAAAACGUUCAUAUCUUUAAUGUAAGAUGAUAAUUAAAAAGUUUUGUGUCGAUUUGCUUUUUAGACGCUUUCCAAUAAAUUCAAAUUUUCUCAAUUUCAA